CAAAGAAAGAGUUGAAGGUUGUCGGACAUGGACUGAAGUUGACUUCUAGGGUUCCAUUGGCUCUUCCACCACAGAUGGAGAGUUGGGUAUCUAGAUCCGGUUUAGCUUCACUGCAGAGAACCAGUCUGAACAAGAUAGACACAAAUCUUGUCUCUGCGUUUGUGGAAAGAUGGCAUCUAUAGACAUCUUCAUUUCACAUGCCGUUUGGUGAAAUGAGCAUUACUUUAGAUGAUGUCGCAUGUCUACUUCACUUGCCCAUUAGGGGUAUCUUUUGGAGUCCUCAGGAUGUGACUGAAGAGCUAGCUGUUGAACUUGCUGUUGACUACCUAGGAGUGUCACAGGGUCAGGCACAGUCACAUGUUCGGAGCUGUAGGGGGUCGUAUUACAAGUUGGAGUGGUUAUAUGAUAUAUUCGUACAUCAUAGAGCUGCUUCCAGCUGGGCAUAUGCGACUAGAGCAUAUCUAUUGAUGUUGGUGGGUUCCACCAUAUUUGCUGAUAAGACAUUUACACUUGUAGAGGCACGAUACCUCCUCCUGUUUAGGGACUUGGAUGGAUGUUCAGGAUAUAGUUGGGGAGCAGCUGCACUAGUUACCCUCUACCGAUAUCUUGGAGAUGCGUCCAUGUACAGUUGCAAACAACUCGGUGGAUAUCCUACUCUCCUACAGUGUUGGAUUCACGAGUAUUUUCCAACUGUUGGAAAAAGAGGGGAGAAUUGGAAUCCUGCUGGAAACUGUGGUCUUCCCCGAGCGAUGAGAUGGUCGUAUAGAUGGGGAGUCCUGAAGGUCGAUGAUUUACGACCUAUUUUGGACGAGCUGACACCUACCGACGCCAUCUGGCGACCAUUUGAGGAUCAUAGAGCAUGGCAGUAUGUUCCAUCCCCACCUCUGGAUUGUAUGAUGGUGACGAAUAUUGAUGUUGAUUGGAUCAGUUACCAUCAGAGUGUUGUCGAUGUGAUCGGUUCAUCUACCGUGGCCACCACUCCAUCUGAGGUAGAAGACGGUUAUCUGGAGUGGUAUUAUCGUGUUUCCCAUCCACGGUUGGUCUCUCCCCAUCGUGACGCUCCUAGAGAGGUACCCGUUCCUGUAUAUGACGUCGGGCCAUCUGAUCCUGAUUGGGCUCGUGAACUAUUGAAAAUGCCACCACUUAAAAAUCAAAAACCACUUGAGAAACUUUAG